AUGGAGCUCCGGCGAGAGUUGAAGGAGGAGGCGGCGACCGUGCCUCUCCUUGAGCAGCAGCUACCACCUGCGCACAAGGCCGUCUUCUCCGAUCCAACUCGUCCUACUAGAGAUGUUUCGAUCCAAGGCAGAGGAGGCAGGGAGAUUGGGGCACCUAUCUCUGCUUCCCUGGGAGCCAUGAGACCCCUUGUCCGUAAGCUGGACAUGCUGCUGUUAGCUCCUCCUAAUGGAUGCUCCAGCUCCACCAGGGUCAAGGACGGAAUGCGCCUCCUCAAAGAUGAUGUUGAGAAGAUGAGCUUGUACCUUGAUAAACUGUUAGAGGUAGAGGACCCUCCCCCGGCGGCAAAUUGCUGGAUGAAUGAGGCGCGUGACCUGUCUUACGACAUGGAGGAUUACAUGGACAGCUUAAUAUUUGAUAGGCCUGAAGAUGCCUCCAUUGUCCCCAACAACAUCAAGACAACCAGAUCCCGCUUCAAAUUCUUCGGUCAUGCCAAGACUCCCAAGACUAAGACUAAGGUUGAUGUCAUUGUGGAAACACUGUCUGAGUUGAGGAAGUAUGUCCAAGAGGCAAUUGAACGGCACCACGUGUACAAUCUCCAUUCUUGCAGCACCUUGAGGCAUAGGUUUGUGUCCCUUGGUCCUAUGCUUCCAGCUCCAAUGCAGUACGAAGACAUAGUAAUUGAUGGGCGGAUGAACGGAUUCAUCAACUCACUGGCUAAUGAUGGCGAUCAGCAGCUCAAGGUGCUAUCUGUUCUCGGACAUGCAUGUCUCGGUAAAACUACGCUUGCCAGAGUGCUGUACAAAAGACUUGGGAAGCAAUACCAUUGUCGUGCUUUCAUUCGGGUGUCCAAGAAGCCUGAUACGAAGAGAAUUUUCCGUGACAUGCUAGCACAACUCCAGCAUCAGCACUCCCCGCAAGACUGUAAGGAGGCUGACCUCAUUGACAAUAUCAAGAAAUAUCUACAAGAUAAAAGGUAUCUAAUUAUUAUUGACGAUUUAUGGGCAACAUCAGUAUGGGAUAUUAUUAAUCAUGCUUUCCCAAAGGGCAGUCAAGGCAGCAGAAUAGUAACAAUUACACAGAUCGAAGACAUUGCAUUAACAUGUUGCUCUUACCAGUCAGAACAUGUUUUUCAGAUGGAACCUCUGGAUGAUGAUCACUCAAGAAAGCUGUUCUUUAACACACUCUUUGGCUCUGAAAAUGAUUGCCCUGAAGAACUGAAAGAAGUUUCAAACAAAAUCGUUGAAAUAUGCGAUGGUUUGCCGCUAGCCACAAUUAGCAUAGCUAGUCUUUUAGCAAGCCAGCCUGUCAUAUCUACUGAUAUAUUGACGUAUAUCCAUCAGUCAUUAAGCUCAUGUUUCUCAGCAAAUUCUAUUUCAGAAAGAACGAGACAAGUAUUGAGUCUGAGCUACAAUAACCUUCCUCAUUAUUUGAAGACAUGCCUACUCUAUCUUAGCAUGUAUCAAGAGGGCCACACAUUCUGCAAGGAUGAUUUGCUCAAGCAAUGGGUGGCUGAAGGUUUGAUCGAUACAACAGAAGGGCAAGACAUCAAGGAAGUUGCAGAAAGCUAUCUUGGUCAACUUAUUGGUAGAAGAUUUAUCCAGCCGAUAUGUAUCAACUACAACAAUGAGGUGUUGUCUUGUGAAGUCCAUGACGUGGUAUAUGAUCUUAUUGCAAACAAGUCUGCAGAAGAGAAUUUCAUUGUGGCAAUAGACUACAGUUGUCGAAAGAAUGUGGCACUUUAUCAAAAGGUCCGUCGACUGUCUCUCCAACUCGGUGGUGUAAAAUAUGCUGAGAUACCAUCAAACAUCAGUAAGGCACAAGUACGGUCACUUGGAUUUUUUGGAUUAUUGGGGUGUAUGCCUUGCAUUGGAGAGUUCAAGCUUCUUCGUGUUCUAAACCUUCAACUCUCCGGUCAUCGUCAUCGUCAUGGCGACCAAGACCCGGCCAUAGAACUCACUAGGAUAUCAGAGUUGUUCCAUCUGAGAUAUCUGAAGAUUAUAUGUGAUGUCUGCAUAAAACUACCAAACCGUUUGAGAGGGCUGCAAUGUUUGGAAACACUGGAUGUUAUGGAUACAAGGGGCCUUUAUGUUCCAUGGGAUGUUACAUAUCUCCCACACUUGUGGCACCUCAGUCUUCCCGUUGACACAAAUCUUCUGGAUUGGUCCAUCAAUCUCGGGAGCCUUGGCAUGCCGAACUACCUUCAGGAUCUUUAUAUUUCUACACCGCCUUCUUCCGACCAUCUGGAGGGAAGUAUGGAAGAUGCGGAGCGAAUCCUGGAAGCUCUGUCUUCUUUGAUCGGAGGACAUAGCAACCUGAAAACUAUGGUAGUGGCUCACAAAUCCUCGGUUAGGUAUGGCCGCGCUUCGAAAGCAAUCAUUUACUGGAAUAACAUGGCACCUCUCCCCAAUCUCCGGAGAUUUGAAUGCUCGCCACACAACGGCAUCAUAUUUCACAGAAUCCCAAGGUGGAUGGAACAACUUGGCAACCUAUGCAUUCUAAAGAUUGCAGUGAGUGAACUGCUGAUAUAUGAUGUUGGUAUCCUUGGAGGUUUGCCCGCCCUCACUGCUCUGUCGUUGUAUGUCGAGACAUCACCCGAUGACAAGAUCAUCUUUGGCAAGGCGGGGUUCUUAGUUCUAAAAUACUUCAAGUUGAGGUUCACAAGUGGUAUAGCUUGGUUAAAAUUUGAGGCAGAUGCAAUGUGUAAUCUUUUGAAGCUCAAGCUAAUUUUCAACGCCAUCCCGCAAAUGGAGCAAUAUGAAAAUGGUAUUAUCAGCAUCGAGCAUAUGCCAAGCCUUCGAAAAAUCUCUGUAAAAUUUUGGGGUGGAGCUGCUGGUCAAGAAUAUGGCUUGGUCAAUAAUCAUCAAUGCAAUCCUAGAAUCAACGAGCAAUCAUCGGUUUAUAGUUCCAAUGGCGAUGAAAGUAGAAAACAGAAACAACAACCAUAUGAGAUUCUGGAGGAAGAACGUGAUGAAUACGAUAAGAAAGUGAAGAGUCCAGCUGAUCAAAGGAAUUCAGGUUUAAUGGAGUCCUCUUUGCGACCGCAUGUUCCAGGGAAGUCUCACUUCAGUUCACUAAUGACAGCUCCUAAUACUUACACAGUCCAUGUCUCCAAGGAGACCCACAAGAUUGAGGCCUGGUGUGAAUCAGAUGAAUCUUCGGCUAGGCAAUUGCUAGAAGAGGAGGAUUCACUGCUAGUUACCGCUUCAAAGGAUUUUGCUGGUAGCGUAUUCUUGGAACCAUCAUCACUGGUUGUUGAGUAUCGACCACCUGCCAAUAAUGUAGCUCAGGUGGCAACAGAAGAUAUUGUCGACCCAGAUAAUAUGUCAUAUGAGCAACUGCAAGCAAAGGAUCAAGCAGUAGGAACUCAAUCCAGAGGAUUAUCUGAUGAGCUGACAUGCUACCUGGUGCCUUUUAGGAACAAUUGUAACUUCUUCUCCAGCAAAAAGAACAACGAGGAGUACGGAUGUGCGAUCUGUAAAUCAAACUUUAAAAGCCAACAGAAGUUGAUACGAUUGCCGUGCAGCCAUUCUUACCAUGCAGAUUGCAUAACUCGAUGGCUUAAGAUUAACAAGUCAUGCCCAGUGUGCAAUGAGGAGGUAUUCGGUUAA